AUGGACGAUUCAGCCUCGAAUUCACCGCCGCCCACGAUGCUGCCCAGCGUGUACCGAGACCAUCCCAUACGGAGGUCGGUUUCACCGGAAGGAUCGUCGAAAGGCCGUUCCACUCCGAAUAGCCCUGUGUCUUCCUCUUCGGCCGUGAUACCGUUGGGGAGUCACCUUCCUCUGAAUCACCACCAUCUGCAGAAUCACAGUAAUAACAGCAGUGCGAACGCGUCGAACGCGCGACAUUAUCUCGGAGUACCGGCUUUCAUGCUGAACGGUCAACUGGCGGGCAGAUACAAUUCGAUGUUGGCGGCUCAGCAAUCGAGGUUCUCCGACCAGACGUCGAGUGCAACGACGGCUCGCGCAAGCUCGCCGGCGGGGAUCGCCGCGGACGCGUCGGCGGCCGAUUGCCGACUCAUUGAUUACCGCGGUGCGAAAGUGGCGGCGUUUUGUAUCAACGGCGAGUAUUUGCUCUGCCUCCCGCAGGCUUUCGAUCUCUUCCUCAAGCAUCUAGUCGGCGGCUUACACACAGUCUACACCAAGCUGAAGAGACUGGACAUCACGCCGAUCGUGUGCAACGUCGAACAGGUCCGGGUUCUUCGAGGAUUGGGUGCCAUUCAGCCGGGCGUUAAUCGAUGCAAACUCCUCUCAUGCAAAGACUUCGACGCACUAUACAAAGACUGUACCACCGCAAGUGGGAACCGUCUCCAAGCACCGAACGCUAAUCAGGGACUCAACAGAAGUUCAAGCCCCAAUCAGUUGAUGAACGGACAUGCCGUGAAAAAGAGCCGUGAUGAUCUCCCGACGAGCAACGAAGUCACCAAUGGUCAUGGUGACAAUGCGAAGGUUUCCAUGAUGAGUUCGCAGCAGCAACAAGCGAUCGCCGCCGCCCAACAUCUGCAGUUUCUUUCUCAGCUUCAUCCUCAGCUUCAAAACCAACUACACAGCCAAAUGCCUUCAGGAAUUCACCAGCAACAAGCAAUUCUCAACGCAGUGGCCAUGGCAGCGAACCAGGGUCUAUCAGCGGCUCGCUCGACAAGCUCCGCCAAUAAUUGUAACGCAACUACGACCAAGUCGGGCGAACAGUUGCAGACAGAGGAGUCGCCAGCUCCGAGCAGAAGCUCCUCGGAGCCUCCGGCGCUGAAUUUGAGUAAUCAGAGGGCGAUGAGUACUCACAGCGAAAGUUCGGAUGAAGUUGCUAGAGAAUCUCCGAUGAAGGACGACCCUCUAGAUGAGCGAAACAACUCGACCGCGUCUGUCGAAUUGCUGCUCAGGAACAUACAAGCACUCUUGCGGGUUGCGGCCGAAACCGCGCGGGACUUCGAGCGGAAAUCGGUGCUCGAAAAGACUCAGCUAAAGAUGGAGAUCGAGAAGGAAAGAGAAGGCCGAUUGAGUCUCGAAAGACAAUUGGGAGAAGCGAUAAGAUUAAGAGAUUCACGUAUCCGAGGACCCAUGUGGAACGGAAUGUGA